AUGGCCCAGUUGCAGAAAUUGAUUCGGAGGCUCAGGAAGAUCAAGAUACGAGAUCCUGACAGGAUGGCAUGGAUUCGGAUGAAGAGCCGCCGUCUUUGCAAUAGUUGGCGAUUCACGGUGUUGACGACAGCACUCACGAUCUAUGCUCUUUUUGGCGACGACUUUCGCCUUUGUGUCACGCACAAGCAGACCGAUGAGCUCUUCAACGCCCUCACGAUGAUCGCCUGCCUCGUCUUCGGACUCGAGAUAGUUGCGCAGAGCCUGGGUCAGGAGGAAUAUUUCCUGGGUUUUUUCUUUAUGCUGGACUUUGGCUCCACAGUUACUUUGAUCUUCGACUUGACCUGGGUCUCGCGAGAGCUCUUCUGUGCUGGUGGCGAGGGUGAGGAGGCUCUCCGGACGAGCCGGGCCGGUCGAGCUGGUGCACGUGCAAGCCGUACAGUACGAAUCAUCCGGCUCAUGCGGUUAGUGAAGCUCUACAAGGCUUAUUGGGUCGCGAUGGAAAAGAAGAAGGAAGAGGAAGCAAGGAAGCAGAAGCUGCUGGAGCUGAAACCGGGCGAGACCAUCCAGGAGCCGGCAGAGUCGAAGUCCGAAUUUCAGGUGAGACAGGACGGGGACGACUCGGACGACUUCGAAGGCGAGGAUACUCAAAGAGAGGAGGAAGAGCCGAAGCAAGAGACGCGCGUGGGCAAGAAGCUCUCGGACAUGACGACUCGCAGAGUCAUCGUUCUCGUGUUGGUCAUGCUGGUGGUCUUGCCGCAGUUCGAGCCAUCGGGAAAUAUGUUCAUAUCCACUGCUGAUUUCCAGGAUUCUGCCAAGUUCGCCGCAGAUCUGAUUUAUGAAAGGUGGAGGUCCUGGUGUGGCGGCCACAACACCACAGCUGAGCCUUGGUGUUUCGCCGCCCUGCAGACACCCACGGACAAUCAGCAGGAGCACUACCGAAAUCGGUACGAGCUGGAGGCUGCGCUGCUGAACUUUCUGCACGUGCACAUCUCGGGCAGCUUCUACUACCGGCUCUACUGGGUAGGAGCGACCUCCAGAAGGUGGGUGGACGCUGCUUAUCUCGGACAGCUGUCCCCGCUGAACCAAGAGCGCUUCUUGGGGCAGGAUCUGUGGGUGAAUCCCGACAGCCUCGGCGUGGUUUGGGAUGGCGUCUAUGCACGAAACGAUUUCAUGCAGGGAAGUGCGGUUCAAUCCCUGCCAAGUGUUACGAGAGAUCGGUUGAUCAACGUUUGGCAGGAGCAGUGCCGCUCCGCAGUGGGUAUCGUUGUGCAGCCAGAGUUGAGGGCGACCACGGCCACCGGAUGUUCCGUGGACGUGGAGCUCCGCUGUUCCGAGGUGCAGUACGUCACACCCUUGUCCUUCACUUCAAAGGAAAGUGAGUCCUUUUCCUUUCUCUUUGCCUUUGACCAGAGAGGUUACACGCAGACCGAGGCCGGACUCAGUAUCCUGCAGACCCUCUUCAUCUGCUUCGCUGUUGGCGUCGGGGCGAUGACCUUCUCGACGGACGCAAAUGAGUUGCUUCUGAAUCCCAUCGAGCGCAUGAUUGAAAAGAUGGAGACAAUCAAAGACAAUCCCCUCGAGGCGAUGCGACUUGGGGACAUGGAGUUCCGCAGAGAGGAAGUGGACGAGGCUCACUUCCGGCAGAAGCUGGAAAAAAUGAGCCGACCUUGGCAGCUCCUCUACCAAUACCGCCGGGCGAAGAAGCACAAGGAGCCCAUGGAGACAGUCAUGCUAGAAAAGACGAUCAUCAAGCUUGGUGGACUCUUGGCUUUAGGCUUUGGCGAAGCUGGGGCCGAGGUUAUUGGCCAGAACAUGAAGGUGAGUGCCACGGCCGGGGUCAACGCCAUGGUUCCUGGCUCCAAGGUCGAAGCCAUCAUCGGCUUUUGCAACAUUCGGAACUUCAUGGCAGCGACCGAGGUUCUGAAAGAGAAGGUGAUGCUCUUCGUGAACCAGGUGGGUGAGAUCGUCCACGGAUGCGUGGACGACUUCCACGGUGCGCCAAAUCGGAACAUCGGCGAUGCCUUCUUGGUGAUCUGGCGGCUGACAGGUCUCCCGGAAAAGCAGACCAAGCUGGCAGACAUGUCCCUCAUGUCCUUUGUGAAGAUCAUCGCGGAGAUCAACAAGUCGCGGGUCAUUGCUGCCUAUCGUCAGCAUCCCGGCUUCCAGAUGCGAAUACAGGACUACCGGGUUACACUCGGGUUCGGCCUGCACUGCGGCUGGGCGAUCGAGGGAGCCAUCGGCAGCGAGUACAAGAUCGAUGCCUCCUACCUUUCUCCCAACGUCAACGUCGCCUCAAAGCUUGAGGCCGCCACAUCCCAGUUCAAGGUGUGGAUGCUGCUGUCGCACAGCAUGGUGAACAUGUGCAGCAACGAGGUAGCCUUGACCUGCAGACUCAUCGACCAAGUCACAGUCAGCGGGUCGCGAAUCCCGAUGCGUGUGUACACCGUGGAUCUGGACGUCUCAAGGAUCCAUGUUGUCGAGCAAGGGCCUGAUCGAAUCAUCAGGAACCGCUUCAAGAUCCGCCAGCUUCGCGAGGUGCGGAAGAGCGAGAAGAUGGCGGAGGAAUACCGUGUGUGGGAUGCCAUGACGAGCAACCCGGACAUCCGGCAGAUGCGCCAGCUUUUCUCGGAGGAGUUCUUCCAGCGCUUUGCCAUGGCAUACCGCAACUACGAGGCAGGAGAGUGGCUUGCAGCGCGCGACAUGUGCCCCGGCUCGAUUUGUAUAGUGUAG